UCGUUUGAACGAAACACCGUCGGAAAUCAAACGGAACGAAACGAAAUAUUGCACGACGAUUAUGUUUUAGUUCUUCGAUAUCGAUGUUAAAUAGGGAAAUUGAGGAAGCAGGAAGUAAGGGAAUUGAGGAGCAGAUCUGCAAACUGAUCGACGCAAAACGCUUUGUGUGUGAACUGGUCCUUUGGGAGGAGUAUCAGGUAUUCGAGCCUACUACGGUAACCGAAGCGAGCGAGUUACGAUCGGAAAGGUGUUCUUACGAGGCUAAUUAUUUCGGGUCUGAUCGCAAGCCUACCCGAAUAUGCAGGAACAAAAGCACGGAUCCCCUCGGAGGCAGAUACAAGUGCUCGAAAUGUUCUAAGUCGUAUCGUUGGAAGCAUCAUUUGGUGGAACACGUAAAGGCGUCCUGCGGCCAGAAAAAGGCCGAGUGUUGUCCUUACUGUAGUUACAGAAGCAAUCGAAAAUGGAAUCUCAAGUCUCACAUGAAGAGAAUACACGCGGAUAUAUAGAUCUUCGAUUCGUUCGCGUAGUUCAUGGCUGUUUCACCAUCUUUUCCUGUAUACAAUAAAACUAAGCUUAUGGACGUUU